GCACAAACACUGACGACUGACUUCCAAAGAGACUCGUGUCACUCUGACGAGCCUCAACCAUUGGAACCCAACACUUACGCCGCCCGCUCCGCAUCGUCGACAGACUGGGUCUCCCCACGUUUCUUGACUUGAUAAAUAACGAGUGCCGUAGGUGAUACGCAAAUAGUGAGUGCUUGCCUACCUACGUCAUGCUCGAGAGAGGCACAUCCCACUAAGGUAGGCAUGGAAGGAACAAUGAGUCCCCGUUGUAGGGGAGGAGCGGGGCGGGAAUGCUUGAAUGUAAGGUACUUCACAGAUUGGCAAGCACGCAACCACGCAACCUACCUAGGUAAGAAAACGGCAAGGUGCUAUUAUCCUCGAGCUUACCUCAUCAAAAUGGAAACAGCUCCCCUCGAGCUGGUGCGCGCCGAUCGUCUCUAUCACUCAACGCGCCCCCCACGUCAGGAGCACGCCUGAAUGGAAGUUGCUGUGACUUCCCCUUCGGAGCCUCUUCCCCGUCGUCCCCGGUCCUGUGCCGUCCAAUCAACUUUGGCAGGUUUCCCUGCCGUCCAGUCUGUCGGAGCACAGGCCAAUUUGAAGCCCGGGGCACAUGGGUUACAGAUAUUUCUGGAUGAAAGCUAGCUUCGUUGCAUCACCACACCUCACACAAACCCCUACCUGCGAGACAGAGGAAAAAAAAGAAGAGCAGCUCACCCUGUCUGUUUGUGAAUGACACUGCGCCAAGAGACCAAUUCUAUCCGCUUGGCUUCAAGGGCGUAGGAUCGGACUGGAUCCGAAUCGAACGAGGUCCCUGGAUAGUCAAUACAACCCACAGGCUUCCAACACCUCUUCGAGCCAAAUCGCAGAUGCUCCGCCCGUGACACUCUCUCGCGACCAGGCGCCCGUCGCCCUUCGAGGUCAUCGUCGACUACCACAUCCUCCUCCGCCAUGAACGCCGUCGACGCUUCGGACCAUUACGAGGUCUCCUCGCACGAGGCCACCCCCUCCCUCCUGUCCAUUGUCAUCGACACGAACCCUCGAGCCUGGGCCGCUCUCAACGAUAUCCUCCCACUGUCAAAAGCCAUCGCCAACAUCCUAGUCUUCGUCAACGCUCACCUCGCUUUCAGCAAUGCGAACCAGGUCGCCAUCAUCGCCUCUCACAGCAACCGUGCCGUAUGGCUCUACCCUUCAAAGCCUGGCGCCGCCACAAACGGCAGCGCAAACUCUGAAGAUGUCGCAAUGACGGGCGUCGACUCCUUUGCGCCGACGCCAAACCAGUCUUCGGCCAACAAGUUUCCUCAGUUCGCCCAGAUCGAGGCUGCCGUCAUGGCCGCGAUGCGCCAGCUGGUCGACGCAACUACCGAGGCCGAUCUAGCCUGCACGACGACACAGCUUUCGGGCGCCCUCACCCUCGCCCUCACCCACAUCAACAAGACCUCCCUCUCCCUCAACGAGACCAACAAGGCCCCCGACGUGGCCCGCCCGACCUCCUCCGCCCUCAGCCGCCUCCGCGCCCGAAUCUUCAUCCUCUCCGUCUCCGACUCGGAACCCGUCCAGUACAUCUCCACCAUGAACGCCGUCUUCGCCGCUGCCCACUCCCAGAUCCCUAUCGACACCCUCGCCCUCUCCGGCGACGCAACCUUCCUCCAGCAGGCGAGCUAUAUCACCGACGGCACCUUUAUGCAAGCCGCCAGCCCCCGCGGCCUCCUCAGCUACCUCAUGUUCGCCUACUCCGCCGACGCAGAGGCUCGCUCCUCUCUCAUCCCGCCAACCCAUCACACCGUCGACUUCCGCGCAGCCUGCUUCUGCCACGGCCGCGUUGUUGACACGGGCUUCGUCUGCAGCAUCUGCCUCAGCAUCUUCUGCGACGUGCCCGAGAACUCAGAGUGCCUGACCUGCGGCACCAAGCUCUCUCUAGGCAGCUAUGGCGCCAAGCCUGCCGUUAUACCGCGAAGGAAAAAGAAGAAGAAGAAGACGGUCCUGGCGAACGGCCAUAUUAGGGAGGAAACGGGCAGUGCGGCGGGCACCCCCCGUCCAGGAUAAGACACAUGGCACAAAGCAUGGACAUCAUUUGAGUGAUGGUUAAUACGGGCUGGUCUUGAGUCAAAAGCAACGCCAGGAGUGCGAUAUACGUGAUUCAUAGGCGGCCGGCACUGCACGAUAUGGCCAACCUGCUGCCCUUAUUUUCCAAAGAUUCAGGGUGGUCCAACUAGUUACUCGACCCUGAUCAUACCAAGUGGCGAAAUCCAUCGCAGACCAAGGGGUGGGACUGCAUGGAUCUACUUCGUUUCUUGAGGUCCCUCAGAGUCGCACGGAAUCUAGCGGAUAACGGCCCGUCGUUGCGAUUGGAUUGAAUCGGGCGUUUAGGACAUAUAAUGGCAC